AUGGGCGUGUGCGCAUCAAAGACCAAUGAAAAACCAAGAGCAAGUGGAAAGGGUGGUCGUGGUGGCGGUGGUGCGGCGGAAUCUUUCCGGCGGCCGUCGUCAGUCAUGGUGAUGAACUUGGCCGGCGGUGGAAUCAAGGAGUACAAGCAACCGGUCCCAGCUAGAGUUGUUGUGUCGGAGAAUCCUGAUUACUACCUAUGUAACUCAGAGUCAAUGUGCGUCGGCACGUGCAUGCCACGCGUUCCUGAUGAGGAGGUGCUUCUACCUGGCCGAAUUUACUUUCUAGUCCCUCUCUCUCAUUCUCAUCACCAGUUGUCUCUCCCUCUCCUCUGUGAUCUCGCUGUUAAAGCUAGUUCAGUGCUGGAUAAUGCAAAUCCUUCUACUUCCACCACCACCAGCACAAGCUGUAAGCAAGGAACAGAGCCUAUGUUCAUCUUCAACGCCCUUAACUUUGACCCUUCAUUCUGUUUUCAUCGACCCUGA